CAUAAUAAUCGAGUUUUCGUUUCGCUUUUCAUCAACCGUUCAAAUAUUUGAAGACAAGAUGGACUUUGGUCUAUACGUUUCUUCGAUUGUGAUGUGGUUUUGUGAAACAUAUCUCAAAGAAUAACUUUGGAUUCAAUGUUUGUUUUCGGGGACUCUAAGGGUGGAACAAAUUACUCACCCCCUGGUCAGUAUUGUUAUGACAGCGGCAUUUAUGAAUGGGAUAAUUGUGAGAUGAGCACUUUUCUUGCCAUACAAUUCAACAGACGGAACAUUAUAGUAUUCCCUUGGUAAAAAAUGAAUUCCACUGAAAUUACGACGGAUGUUGAAAAUAAAACGUGCCAUGCCUGGUUAAAAGAUGCUUUAGGUGGAUCUUUCGUUAAUGUGACACUUGAAGAAGUCAAUGACCAGCUAGUGAGGAGAAAUCUAGGGGGAAUCAGUCUUCUCUGUAUAUUGAGUGUGAUUGGACUCAUCGGAAACAGUCACGUGUUGUGGGUCUACACCCGCCAAUUCUCAAAAUCUAACUACCGUGUAUAUGUCAUAUGGCUUGCCAUGUUGGACAUUUUCAAUUGCGUUGUUGUGGCACCAAUGGUUGUUUCUUACUUAUUUUUCCCAGUGACAUUCCCGUCUGAAAUUUAUUGUAAAAUAUUUCGUUUCUUUAACUAUUUUGCAGCAAUAGCGUCCACGUCUUCUCUGAUCUCUAUAGCUAUUGACAGGCAUAAGGCGAUAUGUAGCCCUCUGAAGGACCAACUAACUAACACACAAGCAAAGCUUCUCUGCUUCAUGAAUGUAGUUGUGGCUUUACUUCUGUCUUGGCCAGCUCCUUUUCUGUACGGAAUGAGGGAUAUUGAAACGGGUGUUCCAGGGCUACACGGUUAUCGCUGCUUCACAGAACUGAAAUAUGAAGAAAAGAAAUAUCAGAUCUAUUACAACGCGCUGUUGGGUCUCUACUUUGUCGCGGUGUCGACGAUUAUGGUCUUUGUUUACAUUAAGAUUGGCCGUAACAUCCAUACCCAUUUUGCAUUUCAAGACACCAUUCGCCGCCAGUCUACUGUACGUACUGAUGAAAAGUUAAACAAAAACCCAACAAUGUCCAAUGCUCGUCGGUCUACGAUCACCCUUUGUCUGGUCACCAUUGCUUACAUUCUCAGUGCAUUACCACACCAUCUUCUCGCGGUGAUGAUUUUCGUUGUAAAAGAUUUCGACUGUAGUCUCUCGCUCGCAGAGUCGCAGAUAUACUACACGUUUAUUUGGUCCUACUUUGUCAACUCGAUGGUCAAUCCUUUUAUAUAUGGAAUCCGAGACCAAAAGUUCCGCUCUGCUGUGAAGCAUAUUUACAGAAGGUAAACAAGGGAUUUUAAAUCCUUAAAUGAGUCAAAUAUUAUUACCAUCCUUUGAAUCACUAUUACAAUUAAAGAAUUGUUUUAAUAUAUGAAUAUUACUUUUAAACUGUUGCCAAGCAACUUAGUAUAUGAUGCUGUCAUCAAAUGAACUUAAAGUUGGAUUAAUGAUAAAUAGAAAUAUUAAAAUUUAGUGCUUUUUAAUGCCAUUCCGUUUUAUAUCUAAUAAUGAGGAUAUUAUAUGGCUGUCAGUUGAUAGGCUUACUAGAAUUUCAAAUUCUCAGAAGAAGAAUAAAUUAUUUAUCGUAGCAAAACCUGUGAGAUUGAAAUCUAGUUAACAGCUAGCUGUAGAAAGUAGAAACCAUUUUCUUAAGCAACAUCCUAUAUAAUCUUUAUUCAAUCUUCAACGCAUCAACUUCUUUUUAUAUAUAUUAGGAAAUAUACACGCUUCUUCAUAAAGCAACAAUUAAAAAAAUUAACAAAAGAGCACUAUCUUUGUUGACUUUUACAACUGUUAGAAUCGGAUUUUACCCUUAAUAAUUUGCAUGUUAAUGUUGAUACCGCUGUACAUGUACAUGAGCGUAAUACUUCAGGACUUUUGAAUUCUGCUUUAAAACAUUUUACAAUAGGUUAUUUAAAUCCUAUUAUUAUCUGUCUGAGCUUUGAUCUUUCUGUUGCAAGUUACAUAUGUUAACUAUUAACUAUUAUCCAAUGAACAGCUGUGUCACGUUUGUAUUUACACACUACUACGCUGUCUUGGCAGCAUGAUUUGAUUAUUAGUUUGAACCACUGAUCUUUUAUUGAAUAAUUGGUCAGGAAAACAAAUAAAACUAUUGAAAAUAUAUUAUAUAUUACAUAAAAAUGAGUUUAUUGCAUUUUUUAAGUUUAUAUUACGGUGAUGUGCAUAUUGGUGGUGCAUACUGUAUCAGAAUCCAUUAUAGUUCUGCCAAAUGUGUUCUGCGGCACUCAUUUUUAUAAUGCAUUGCAGCUGUGUUUUAUUAUCUGAUAUAUCAUUCAAGCAAUAAGCAAAUCCUGACAAUUUAAAUACCAAUGGGUAUUUUUAAUUUAUUAUUCUGUAUUUUUCUGAAAAAUGUCUUACAGUUAAAUUUAGCGAAAUUUAAUUCUGUGCAGUUCUGCUCAAAUACAUGUAAUACAUGUCCUUAUAAAUUACCCGGUAAUAAAAGAAAUUAAAAGUGGAAAUACCCCUUUGAAUUUCGUAUUAUGAAACCACUUCGUUAUAAAUAAGACAAGGAUUUGAAUUAGAUCACAUGCUUCAGAUUUAUUUUUUCAUCGUCAGAAAAAAAAGACCCUGAAACAUGUUCAUCGUGUGUAUCUUGAUAUCAAUAUAUGCUAAAUCGAUGCUUUUUUGAAUCUUCAAACCAAAUUACACUAUUUUGAUUUUUAAGAUGCAAUACGGGAUACCACAUUCUACAAAAUAUUUUUCUUUCAUACUACUCACUUAAUUUUAUCACGAUUUCCAAUUAACAACCUGUUCGACACAUCUCAGUUUUUUACAGCUAGAUUGCCGUAAGUUAAGAUUGAUGAUAUCAAUAGUUAAAGUAUACAUGUGGUCAUGCACUUUUUAGCAAUAUCUACUUUGUUUUAUUAAUCGAUGAUUUGAUAUGAUGAAGGAUAAAUUUGUGUACAUUUGUGCUAAGUCAAGUUUACCUCCUUGGUAGGAGUCUUUUGAAUGAUUUGAUGUUAUCCGGUGAAUGUCUGCUGAUGUUCUUUCUCGUAUUUAAUGAUUUUUUCAAAUCUUUGAUGUCGAUGCAUUGUUGGUGCAGUAAUGCUUCAUUAUCAGAUUUAGGUGUAUAAAGAUACUAGUACAUGU